CGAAAGUACUGAGCGGAUCGAUGAAGCUGAAUCUGAAGAUCUGAAUUUUCUUCAGCAUCAAAGCCACUGCUGUCACAUGGGCUUACGCCGGACUUUGCUGGUAUUUCCAGCCCCUCCUAAAAGAUUGCAACAGUGAGGAAUAUGCAAGGUUACAUCAGAAUUUGUGUGUGGGCAUUCUGAACAGUCAAGCGGGCGUAUCAGCUUGAAAAUCCAGUCUCUAAGGCCUCGUUUUACUCAAUACCACUCACUACCAUGAGUCGCACGCCGCUAUCAGUUGUCGUUAUUGGCGUAGGCCAAAUGGGAACUAGCCAUCUCCUCGCAUAUCAUCACAACCCCAUGUACAAGGUCAUUGGUAUUGUGUCGAGGAGCACCCCUCAACUCCCAACCGAAUUGAAAGAAUACGAGAGUCUCGCUCUUCCAAACCUCAACGCAGCCCUGUCGCUUAAGCCAGAUGUGGUCUCAAUAAACACCCACUCUGAUAGUCAUGCAGAGUAUGCAGUGGCUUCAAUGGAAGCAGGCGCCCAUGUAUUUGUUGAGAAACCUCUAGCAACCUCUGUUGCAGACGCAAAACGAGUUGUAGACACAGCUAAACGAACCGGGAAAAAGCUUGUCAUUGGUUACAUUCUCCGUCACCAUCCGAGUUGGGUUGAAUUCAUUCGACAGGCAAGGCAACUUGGGCCUCCUUUCGUCAUGCGCAUGAAUCUCAACCAACGCUCGGAAGGAAAUGCAUGGAACAUUCACAAGCGCAUCAUGGAAACGACCAGUCCUGUAGUGGACUGCGGAGUCCAUUACAUUGAUGUGAUGCUUCAAAUCACAGACAGCCGCCCUGUUCAAGUCAGAGGAAUGGGAGUUAGGCUCAGUGAUGAGAUUGACAAGGAUCAAGUUAAUUAUGGCCACUUACAGAUUACAUUUGAAGAUGCAUCAGUGGGUUGGUAUGAGGCUGGCUGGGGCCCCAUGAUAUCCACGACGGCCUUUUUCAUCAAAGAUGUCAUGGGACCUAAGGGUGCUGUAUCGAUUGUGAUGGAUAGCAAUGCUGAUUCUUCGGACGUGAACGCACACACCAAGACAGCAAAUAUCAGGGUGGCCCCGGUUAAUGAGAAGGCUACCGUAAUCUCCAUGAAGGGUGAGCCUGGCCAUGAGGAGCUCUGCGCACGAGAGCAAGAGUAUCUGCUAGAGUCUAUUCUAGAAGAUCGAGACUUAUCCAAGCAUAUGGAUGAUGCUGUUCAGUCCCUUGCAGUUGUGCUAGCAGCAGAUAAGUCAAUGAAGGAAAAUAGGGCGAUUGAUCUCUAGUAAGACAAUGGAUGCUAUACCUUGGCUUUUGUAGUUCAUAAUCUGUACAAUUGAACUCAGCCACACUAGGUGCAGGUAGGCAGAGCCAACUUUGCAACCUCAUUAGAG